UCAACAUGGACGGCGACGAAGCGUCGUGCCCUGUCGAGCCGCCUCCGCCGCCGCCGCCAUCCCGCCACGGUUACGGUUCGGUGUACAGCGAGUACGAGUGUUGCGAGAGGGUGGUCAUCAACGUGUCGGGACUGCGCUUCGAGACCCAGACCAAGACCCUGGAGCAGUUCCCCGACACACUGCUGGGCGACCCCGGCAGGAGGAUGUGCUACUUCGACCCGCUGAGGAACGAGUACUUCUUCGACAGGAACCGACCGAGCUUCGACGCUAUCCUCUACUACUACCAAUCUGGGGGACGCCUCAAGAGGCCGGUCAACGUGCCCUUCGACAUCUUCUCCGAGGAGAUCAAGUUCUACGAGCUGGGCGACGAGGCCAUGCUCAAGUUCCGCGAGGAGGAGGGUUUCGUCAAAGACGAGGACAAGCCGCUGCCCGAAGACGAGUUCAGGCGCCAAGUCUGGCUGCUCUUCGAGUAUCCCGAGAGUUCCAGCCCGGCGAGGGGCAUCGCCAUCGUGUCGGUGCUGGUCAUCCUCAUCUCCAUCGUCAUCUUCUGCCUGGAGACACUGCCCGAAUUCCGCGACGAGCGGGACUUCUCCCCGGGCUCCAAUGCAGCGGCGGCUAACGGCACCGCCCGGGCCUCGGGGGCGUCCGCCGUCGCCACCACCUUCAGCGACCCCUUCUUCAUCGUGGAGACGGUGUGCAUCGUGUGGUUCUCCUUCGAAUUGUUGGUGCGCUUCUUCGCCUGCCCCAGCAAGCCGGGCUUCUUCAAGAACAUCAUGAACAUGAUCGACAUCGUCUCCAUCCUGCCCUACUUCAUCACCUUGGGCACCGAGCUGGCGCAAGUGCAGGGCAACGGGCAGCAGGCCAUGUCCUUCGCCAUCCUCAGGACCAUCCGCCUGGUCCGGGUGUUCCGCAUCUUCAAGCUGUCUCGCCACUCGAAGGGGCUGCAGAUCCUCGGCCAUACGCUGCGGGCCAGCAUGAGGGAGCUGGGUUUGCUCAUCUUCUUUCUGUUCAUCGGUGUCAUCUUGUUCUCCAGCGCCGUGUACUUCGCCGAGGCCGAUGACCCCAAGUCCCACUUCAGCAGCAUCCCCGACGCUUUCUGGUGGGCCGUGGUCACCAUGACUACUGUAGGUUACGGGGACAUGAAGCCCAUCACGGUGGGCGGGAAGAUCGUGGGCUCCCUUUGUGCCAUCGCCGGGGUAUUGACCAUCGCACUGCCUGUCCCUGUCAUCGUUUCCAACUUCAACUACUUCUACCACCGGGAGACCGAGAACGAGGACCAGUCUCAGGUGGUCCAGGCUAGUACCCUCCCUUACCUCCCUUCUAAUUUCUUAAAAAAGUUCCGUAGCUCUUCUUCUUUGGGCAACAAGUCCGAAUAUUUGGAGAUGGAGGAAGGCUUCAAACAAUCUCUGUGCUUGAAAAAGUCGAAAGGCAACGGCACAGAGACUGUCAAACUCAAUUCUGUAAGUCUCAAAGCAGUGGAGACAGAUGUUUGAAGCGACAACUCGUGUCCAUUUUCACCAGUGCCAGUUGACACGCCGUGUUCAUUCACUCACUGCUUCACCGGUACGCAGAAAAAAAAACAACAAAGUGAUCUAAAAAUAACGGGAGAGGUUCAGCUUUUUAUAAAUAAAGCGAAACAUCAAAGUAAAAUUGCGAUGGUUGUAUUUUGCAAACGGGCGAUUCUGAAACGGUGGCAGUUCUCUUGAAUGGAAAAGCUUUGCACUGUUAUACACUUUGGAGACAACAACAAAAAAACUUUUUGUAGUUUCUGGUGAACCAUGGAUGCCUGCUGCAGCCAGAUUCCAUACGCAGUAUACAAACAAACCUCCGAUUUUUUUAUGGGAAUGUUGCUCAUUUUGCACUGCACUUUCUUAGUGAUAUGUUGAAAUGAAUAUCAUUAGUUAUGUCCUUUUUUUAGAUAUCUAAGUGGAAUUAUACAUCAUUGUAAUCCCAAAAGUACUGUUAAACUAUUUCAGUUUUUUUUAAUAGCCUAUAGUUUACUGAAUCAUCCUGUUGGUGUUUCCCCUUAAAAUGAUCAGAACAGAUCGUUAAUUUAAAAAAGAGCCAAAGCUGAAAUAUAUUUAUUAUGUUAGAUUUAUUUAGGUAUUUUGGAUUACCCUGGGCACAGCAUUAACAUUAACUAUGUACUGCAAACUUUCUACUUGUGAGCCAAUGGACAGAGAACACUGACAGGGAAAUAAUGUAAAACCCAUGCUUGUGCUGCAGAUUUGUGUAAUUUCAGAAGCUGAUAGGGUGGAAUCAGCACAUACAUUCAAGCACCAAAAAAAAGUUUAAUGCUUCGACAGCACCAGGAAUAUCAACAGUGACUUCCUAAUUGGAGGAUUAUGAAACUGGGCUUCUGGAUAACGCAUGCACUCAUCAAUAUCGGCUGGAUUUUGGCUCUUUUAUUUAAGCAUUCAUGUAGAACCUGCUGAGAAAGAGUUACAAAGCUCCCAUGUGAAUCCCAAUUUCUCAACAAAUAGAAAGGAUGUAAAUUUAACAUUGGGCUGUGAUUAGUAAGAAGAUUACUGUUUAAACUGUCUGACGUGGCUAUUGCUUUUGGUGGAAUAACCCUGCAUACAGAUCUGCCUUUUUUUUGCUCUGCCUGUCAAAAGCUGUGAACCUUUGGAAACUUAUUGCAGUUAGUCCACUUUUAACAACUGUGAAAUAAUGUCAGUGGGAGAAAUUGCUUGACAAUCAUUGGAGCCGACUUAAUGCCACAUUCACCAAUGAAAUCACUAAGGAGUCAGCUGAAGAAUGAAGAUCAUGGGAUCAGGUUGUAAUGAUUUGAACUGCACUUUCUGAAAGUGUUUUACUGUAUCAAGUACCAACUUAAAUUAAGCUGCAAGUAUCGAGCCUCCCUUCUGUUGAGGAUAAAUGCAGUGAGUUGCUGCUACAUUUUCAACUUUAAUCAGCUAAAGUAUUUCAAUUGCACUCCAAGAACAAGUAGUAAUCAAAGAAGUGAACAUUUAUGUUUGCAUACAUAUUGAAUGACGGCUUUGGGGGUUUUCUGUCUGAAAAGCAAGAUUUCUAAAACAAUAUGAGCACCGAAUACAGUCUGUCAUCCUGAAAGGUAUUUGUUUUGGGAUAUGAACUGCGAAUUAUUGAUCUUCCUCUGAACUAGAUAUUCCAAAUGAUGGAGCAGCGAACUGAGAAUGAAGUUCAAAGUGAACAUGAUUAUAGACAUUGUGUGUACCUAUAAUGUAAUUCAAGAAGGUUCAUGACCAUUCCUUGGAGUCUACAUAACAGACUUUAACUGUAACAGUUUGAAAACGGAAUUUGUGGUGAUUUUAGAAUUUUAGAAUUUUAUAAUUCUAAUCAGUGUCAUAAUACAAAAUCACAAGGGAUACAGACAAAACUGAAAGUUCAACAGUAAUGAAAAUCCAACUGAAUAAUGAGGCAGAUGGAUUCUGCAGGAUCCAAGGAAUCUAAUGAACUUCAAUGCAGUAAUACAAUCAACUUGAAUUGGGAAAAUACAAGUCUGCUAUCAGCAUCUAGAUUACAGCGAAAAGAAACAUCAACAGACACACAACAAAGGAGGAAUUUGCACAUUACAAACCUGAUUUAAAUGACUAAAGUGAUUAGUGUGGUAUAAAUUGCUUUCAGAAGAAUGUACUUGUUGAAUAGGUAGUAUAAAAAAUACAAGUAAGUUAUUAAAACAAAAGAAUAGGUUUUAACUUUGGGCACUGUUAUAAACUUGGUGGUUGCGACCCCAAAUGCUUUUUACCCCAUUUAUUCCAAGGUUUCAUCUUUCACCAUUUCAUGCACGGCAGCUGGUCUGUCCAUUAGCUUCAGGUGGUAAGUCCCUUUAAAUAUGCAAACUUUGAGUCUAUAAAUCAAAAAAAACUGCAGAUGCUGGAAAUCUGAAAGAAAAACAUAAAAUAUUCUGCAAGCAAGGCAGCAUCUGAGGAGAGAAACAGAGUCAAUGUUUCAGCACAGUGAUGUCAAAUUUUCUGCUUUUAUUUCCUGAUUGAAAAGAGAUCACUACUUGCAAUUUUGAUAGCACCAGCCAGUUUUAUUAGUACAUGCAUCAGAAAAGACACACAAAUGUAAGUUACCAAUAUUUUUUGUGUAACUAGAAUAAGCAGUGGAGAUCUAUCUUACUCCACAAUAAUAAUGUGGGCUUUUGUCGGCCUAGGUCCUCCUUGCACCAUAAUAUCCAGGUCUAGAUUCUGGCUGGCUGGAUUUAACGCCUGCAGCUCUCUGGCACUAUUUAAUGAGGUCCUCAUUUUAAAAUGCAACAGGUCUCCCAUUGAUGACAUCAGCUGGCAGGCAGACACCACUGAUUAACCAUCUGAAAGUUGAAAUCUAUCCCAGAAUUGAUCAAAUCAACUCACUGUGUAUUACAUUUAUGCAUGCAUUCCAUGACUAAAGCAGAUAUAUAUAGAUAUAAUGAUGUAAACAUGUUACAUUUGUUGGUAGAAUUAAAAGUUAUGGGUACGAAGUGAAGGAAGUUACAAGUUCCAGCUGUACACAUUGUAGAUGUAUUAUAUUGCAAUGACAACUUGUUUUAUAUUUUCUAUAUAGUUAUGGAAUGUUUGUUUCUGUAGUCUUACAGACUUUCCUAACUGAUAUAUGUUAAUAAACAUUCUAAAGUUAAAAAUUAUGCUAACUAAUGUUUGUAAAUCUACAGUCACACUUCAGAAGUAAAUGUUUUGUAAUAUUGAUUGACCAUUUCUAAAUCGGUCAGUUCAUAAUAUCAAAGAUUGCAGCAAAGAUGAAUUCAAAGAUAUUUUAAAAGUGAUAAAUAUAUUUAUGCAUUGCUUUAAAACUGUGAUUUUUCAGAAAGAAAUUAUCU